GUAUGAAAAUAACCAUUUGCUUUUUGGUUUUAAUUUUAGGGUUAGGCUUGAGAUUAGCAGUCUGGUCAAGGUAAGGGUUAAGAUCACAUUUUAAGAAGAUAAAUUGUAGAAAUAGUCGGGGUUUAUUACUUUGUGGCUGUGUCACCUAGUGACGACCGUUCAAAACACUCGGGAACCGAGGUUGAAUGAAUGGAUCAUUUAAAUAUAAUUGCAGCAACCGGGAAGCAGUUUGAUAUACAAAUUCAUUACUCUUAAAUAUUACUAACUUCAGAAAAGGCUUAUGUGCUCCGCGACGCUCAAUUUUCGACUCGGGGAACUUAAUGUGACAGUUGUCGGCGUUGAGUCCUUUUCAGCACCACUGCAUCAACAUGGGUGUGAUCGGUGUGCAGCUGGUGGUUACCAUGGUAAUGGCCAGUGUCAUUCAGAAGAUCAUACCUCAUUAUUCCUUCGCAAGAUGGCUGCUCUGCAGCGGAGGUCUUCGGUGGUACCAGCACCCUACGGAAGAUGAGUUGAGGAGCCUUGCUGGAAAACAACAAAAAACAAAGAGCAAGAAGGACCGGAGGAACAAUGGCCACAUAGAUUACAAGCCUCUGACCAUUCCCAAGGACAUAGACCUGCAGCUGGAGACCAAGUGCAUCACAGAAGUGGAUACGUUAGCGUUGCACUACUUCCCAGAGUUCCAGUGGCUGGUGGACUUCACGGUGGCAUCCACAGUGGUGUAUCUGAUCACAGAGCUGUACUACACUGUGGCCCAGCCCUCAGGAGAGAUGAACAUCAGCGUGGUGUGGUGCCUGCUGGUCCUUGCCUUUGUCAUUAAGACUCUGUUCUCCCUGACGGCCUUCUACUUCAAGCUGGAGGAGGGCGGUGAGCGCUCACUCUGCAUCACCUUCGCUUUCUUCUUCUUCGUCAAAGCCAUGGCCAUCCUUAUCGUCACCGAGAACUACCUGGAGUUUGGCCUGGAGACAGGUUUUGCAAAUUUCUCUGAAAGUGCCACACAUUUUUUAGAGAACCAGGGGUUGGAGUCCCAGGGUCCCAUAUCUAAACUCACCUUUAAGCUGAUCCUGGCCCUGCUCUGCUCUCUGAUUGGUGCAUUUCUCACCUUCCCUGGCCUACGAUUGGCCCAAAUGCACCUGGACGCCCUCAACCUGACCACAGCUAAAGUCACACAGACCUUGCUUCAUAUCAACUUCCUGGCCCCUCUUAUUAUGGUAUUGUUGUGGGUCAAGCCCAUAACCAAGGACUACAUCCUGAACCCUACCCUGGGGAAGGAGAGUUUGCCUUUGAUGACUGAGGAGACGUACGAUACGUUGCGUUUAUGGACCAUCCUGCUGCUGUGUGUGCUGCGCCUGGCUAUGAUGAGGCACCACCUCCAGGCCUACCUCAGCCUGGCCCAGAAGGGCGUGGAGCAGAUGAAGAAGGAGGCGGGACGCAUCAGCACUGUCGACCUGCAGAAGAUGGUGGCCCGUAUUUUCUACUACCUAUGUGUAAUCGCACUGCAGUAUGUGGCACCCUUGGUGAUGUUGCUGCAUACAACCUUGCUGCUAAAAACCUUAGGUGGACACUCCUGGGGGGUGUACCCUGAGGAAGACUUCCCCUGUCCGCUGGACUCUGACCCUGCCAUGGUGGCAGCACCAACUGCAGCUCCAGGGCCGGAGGUGGAGGCCCACCUGUCAGUGGCUCUCGGGGGCCUGCGGACAGUGUUCACCCCCCUGCUUUUCCGCGGCCUCCUCUCCUUCUUCACCUGGUGGAUCGCUGCCUGCCUCUUCUCCACAUCAAUAUUCGGCCUCUUCUAUCAUCAGUAUCUUAUGGCGGCAUAGCAGCAUUGCCCCAGGGUCAGUGUGGUGUCCCACAAGGCUCUGUUCCAGGCCCUUUCAGAAGUGACUGUGUGGGGCAGGUGCCCUAAUGACAACUCCCCUGCCACAGCCCUGUCACUCAUGAUCCUAUCAGCAGAGCUCCUCGUUCACCCCCAGUGCUUCCUCCAUGGAUGACUCUAAACCUUUUUUUUAUAACCUUAUUUUUGAGAGCAGGAUUCACAAAUCCUUACCAAGAGACUAAUGUAAAUGAGAGUAAUGAUAAUAUACACUGAGUGUACAAAACAUUAAGAACACCUUCCUAGGGGCUGUUAUGGUGACCGUAUUACCGCCACACUGGCGUUCAUGACAGCAGUCAAAUUCCAUGUGACCAUUUAAUCACGGUAACUAGACUUCUCCAAGCUCUGCUGCUGAUGGUCAUUAGUAGCCUACCAAACUUGCUUACUGCCUGGUACUCAGCACUCUAUUGUCCCUCUAGUCACUCUGACAUCAAUGCAAAGAAAUCGAAAAUCAAACACUCCAUGUGAGCUCAUGUGCAACAUUUCUAUAGGCUAUGCAAUUGUGUGAGAAAACAGGGUUUUGAUGGCCUCUAUUUUAAUUUUUUAUUUCACCUUUAUUUAACCAGGUAGGCCAGUUGAGAACAACUUCUCAUUUAGAAAUGCGACCAGGCCAAGAUGGAGCAAAGCAGUGCGACACAAACAACAGAGUUACACAUGGGAUAAACAA